CAUACAUCUACCAGGCGGACAACAGAUAAUGACCUGUUCAUUCGACGGCUCGCUGCGGGUAUGGGACUUGAAGAGUGGGAAACAGAUAGGAGACGACUGGCGGGAUGGAGACAGUGGGGUAUGGACCACAGCGAUGUCUCCGGACGGGAAGAAAGCGGUCAGCGGGAGUAUGGAUGGCGGAGUGAGGUUGUGGGACAUGGACACAGGCAAAGUCGUCGUGAGAUGGAUGGGCAAUAAGCCAGUGAGUUCUGUCUGCUGGAGUGGAGACGACAGGGCACGAACACAUGCGGGCAGUCGUCUACUCGCCAGACAUGACCAUGUUGGCAACUGGCGGAUCCGAUGAUUCCGAACAGGUUCUGGACAGUCUCAAAAUUUGGGAUGCUAAGAUAGGGUCAUACCAUUCCUCGAUUAGGACAUGGAGUACUACAACUUGGAAACAGAUCGCAGUGUUGGGUGAGCACAGUACUGAUCCUGUCGAUUCCAUUGCAAUAUCUCCGAAUGGCCGCAUCCUCGCAAGUGCAUCCUGGGACAAGACAGCACGAUUAUGGAACCUGGACAACAACCAGCCCAUCGAUGGAAAGCUACUAGCCACUGGCUGCGACGAUAACAAUGCCUACACUUGGGAUGUUUCUGGGAUACUAAAAGAAGCUGGCCUUAGCGAACUUCUGUUGGACAAGCCGGUCCUUGCUGCUGAUGCUACACCACGUCCAGUCCGUCAGCCAAUCAUCGUCCCCCAGCGCCGGGUGCCUCAUGGUUUUUUUGACGACUUACCAGAUCGGGCGCAGCACGCAUCGCAUCCAAGCACACUUCGGGACCGACUUUUCUCUUUAUUCUACACCGAUGUCCACGAUACGUCUUCGCGACCCCGCCCUUUCCACUGGGUUCGUCUCUCCGGAAGACCAACCGGUGAAGAUAUCGAGCUUUGCGAGCGUGCCUCAGGAGUAGUCAAUGUUCCAUAUGCCAAGGGCAAACGUAGGAAUGCAUCAGCAAGAGAAAGACGGAUGAAAAUACCUCCAUUGAAACCUGGGAACUCUGCCGCGAGGGCCUCACUUCCUCCCAAUAGCAAUACCACACAACACUCUAAUGGCGCGUCUCAAGCACAAGCUGCUGUCUCCACUGUCACCGCACCUCUCGUGGUCACUAACACAACUCCAAAUACCAAUCCUCAUGUCAUCAUCAGACACGCUGGAUGCUGGACUCGUUUUUGGCUCUCCAUGUGCUGUUCCUCUUCUGAGUAUACUGACGGUUAUCAUUAAUCUGCCCUGUUUAUUUCUUCGUCUCUAAAAGAUGUUCUUUAUCAUUUCUUACAAUUUCUUUGCGCUCCUACUGAGUAUACUCAUGAUCAUCAGUAGUGUAUUCCUUCCGUUUUCUCGUCAAAUACAU